UCUCAAAUUUGCAUCAGUGUUCUCAUCUCAAGUUCUCGAGCUUCACUUCAGUGUAGCUUCUUCGUGAAAGAAAUCAAGUAUAACAUUUACUAUUAAGAAAACUUACAUCCUAAUCAACAUGAGACACGGAGCAUCAAAGAUCUUCGCCUCUAUCCUGCUGUCACUGCUGGCGCUUGCAGUUGUCGGAUUCGAUGGCAAUUUAGCGGCGGAGACCACUGGAAAAAAAGUUGAACAAAAGUCGAAUGUUGGUUUGAGGAACUUGACAUAUGUGCGCAGUAGCGGACAACAGGAACAGGAGAGCAGAAUUUUCGGGUUUUUAAAAUCUGACAAACAUAAGAAGAAACCAAGCUACGGAGCGCCAAAAUCACAGUAUGGUGCUCCUAAAGCUCAAUACGGCGCUCCUAAAGCUCAAUACGGCGCCCCUAAGCCCCAAUACGGACCACCAAAAGCCCAAUACGGAGCACCCAAGCCAAACUACAAAGCUCCAGCGCAUAGUCAACCAGAGCCAUCCUACAAUCAACAGGCUUACAGUCCAUCAGAAUACAGCCCUCCUGCUUAUAGCCCUCCUGCAUACAGCCCUCCAGCUUAUAGCCCCCCUGCUUAUAGCCCUCCUGCAUACAGCCCUCCUGCAUACAGCCCCCCUGCUUAUAGCCCCCCUGCUUAUAGCCCCCCUGCUUAUAGUCCACCUUCUUACAGCCCACCAUCUUACAGCCCACCUUCUUACAGCCCACCUUCUUACAGCCCUCCAGCUCCCGUUUACACUGAAGCUCCUUACUCUCCUCCGUACAUCCCCAGUUACAAAGCUCCGACGCCUCCCGUUUACCCAGAGGCUCCUGCGUACUCUCCACCAGCUUAUCCAGAGGCUCCUGCUUACUCUCCACCAGCUUAUCCAGAGGCUCCUGCUUACUCUCCACCAGCUUAUCCAGAGGCUCCUGCUUACUCUCCACCAGCUUACCCAGAGGCCCCUGCUUACUCUCCACCAGCUUACCCAGAGGCUCCUGCUUACUCUCCACCAGCUUAUCCAGAGGCUCCUGCUUACUCUCCACCAGCUUAUCCAGAGGCUCCUGCUUACCAACAACCAGAGGAAUACAGCCCACCAGCUCACAGCACUGAGGCUCCUUAUCCACCACCGCAGUCACCAAACUACGAAGCUCCUGCUUAUACCGAAGCUCCUGCCUACAAACCACAGGAUUAUUCACCUCCGGCCUACGAAGAAGCUCCUUAUUCUCCACCGGCCGUGCCUGAACAUCCUACACCUUACAACCAGGAUCCAAACUACCCAGAAAGCAACAAAGGUCCCAAUGAAAAUGUUUAUAAUUUUGCCGAAUUUGGGGAUUUUUUAAAACCUAACGACUUUAACUUUCAACAGUUUAAAUUGUAAGAGCUGAAAUUAUGAUGCAAUUUACAAUUUCUAUUAAUUUAAGUCAAUUCACUUUCAAUUUUCGAAAAACUGAAAGAUUAAAUAUUUCCCUUCCGACAGUCGCAGAUAGUAUGAAUAAUGUUAAAUAUAAGAUGACUUCAUUUGUUAUGUUAUUUCUUCCGUGUUGAACACACCUUGCGUGCAUUGGAAAUAUAUAUCGAAAUCAAAA